AUGAAUAAAGAAUUUGAAGAUUCCGAUUCUGAUAACUACGAAGAUGAGGAAGACGAAGUCGACGAAGGGGAGACUACAAAAUGUUUAUUUUGUGUUAACCAAUUUCCCUCAAUAGAGCUUGCUAUUCAGCAUCUCGAUGGCAGUCAUAAAAUCCAAUUAGCAAAACUUAAAGGAAAAUUCAACAUGGAUCAGUACUCUUAUAUAAAAUUCAUAAACUAUAUUCGAAAAGAAAAGCCAUCACCAGAAGACAUUUUAUCAGCCAAAUCGGUAAUUUGGAAUGACGAAAAGUACCUCAAGCCAGGGGAUUAUGAAUCAUGGCUUAGUUAUGAUUUUGAGGAAAUUGUUCCUGAUGAAACCGUAAACCAGCCAACAGAAACAAUAUCUGUAGAAGAAUACAAGAAAAUGCAAAAAAUUGUGGCAACUCUGUCUAAUAAAAUAAAGGACCAUGAACGAAUCCUAGAACACGCUGCCGAGAGUGUAUCAAAAAUGCGUACAGCAUACCAUAGGCUUGUCGAUAAGGAAACUGUUGAAAAAGAAAGAAACUGUGUUUCUUCGGUCUCUGUUAAAGCUGACGAAAGUUACUUUAGCAGUUAUUCACAUUUUGGAAUUCAUCAUGAAAUGCUUUCGGACACAGUAAGAACAAUAUCCUAUAGAGAUUCCCUUCUAAAAAACAAAGAAUUUAUCAAUGGCAAAACGAUUAUGGAUUUAGGAUGUGGAACUUCCGUCCUAUCGAUAUUUGCUUCACAGGCUGGUGCCAAGCAAAUUGUAGCUGUGGAUAACUCAGAAGUAAUUUAUAACGCCAUGGACAUUGCAAAAAAAAACAACAUCUCGAAUAUUUCCUUUGUGAAAGGUCGUCUCGAAGAUACUGCCCUGCCUGUAGAAAAAUUCGAUGUGAUCAUAUCUGAAUGGAUGGGAUAUUUCCUUCUUUUCGAAGGAAUGCUUGAUAGUGUAAUUUAUGCUCGUGAUAAGCAUCUCAAUGAAGGUGGGCUUCUUAUGCCCAAUAGGUGUACCAUGAGUAUUGUGGGCUAUGGCGAUGAACCCCUUCAUAAUAGACAAAUCAAAUUUUGGGAUUCAGUUUAUGGUCUGGAUAUGUCGGUGAUGAAAAAAGAAGUCCUUCAUGAGCCUUUGAUAGAUGUAGUUAAUUCCGAGCAUGUCUUAACAGAACCAAAUGUUAUUGCUGAUUUGGAUUUAGCUACCGUUACUGUCGAUUACUCAAAUUUCACUUAUGAUUUCAAACUACAAUGUACAAAAGCUGGACGAUUAACUUCGUUUGUGGGAUAUUUUGAUACGUUUUUUGGUGGUUUACCAAAUCCAGUGGAGUUCAGUACAUCGCCGUUUGCUGAACCAACACAUUGGAAACAGGUUGUGUUCUUUUUGGAAAAACCAGUAGAUGUUUCAGUGGGAGAAGUGGUGAGUGGAUCAUUAGUUUGCCGAAGAAGCAAACAGAGUAUGCGAUCGUUAGAUGUAAAAAUAACUGCUUUUGGAAAACAACAAACUUACUACUUAGAUUGAUAAAAGUGUACACAAAAAGUUUUGAUGAUAUGUAUAUUUUUUUUUAUUA